CUAUAUGUAAAUUACAGCCAAUAGAUGCUGUUGUUGAGUUGGGCUGGGAUUAGCGGAGGCGAAUGACUUUCAAUUUUACUGGAUUACAGAACAAAGAAAGGGGAAAGGGGACAUACUCCACUGUUAAAGAAAAGAAAAAGAAACGGGGAAAAUGGACAAAUAAUCUCGGCAAUAACGUUUUGCAAGCGAUUUUGUGCAAUAAUGCUUCAGAUCACAAGGUUUCGAAAACACGAUAAUGCUACAUUUUAGAUGGGAAUUCUACAGUUGCGGUUGGAUUAAACGGGGAAUAACCCUAUUACGGGAUUGACAUCAUAACGACAUUUAAACGUUGUUUUUGGUAAGUGGAGGAAUGGCGCAGAUGAGGAAGUCGGAAUGUGACGGGAUAAGAACAAACUCCCGGGCUGAGCUGCGGGUCCCACAGGUGUCAGCCAGACAGGAGAUCCUCACCAGCCUAGUGUCUGCGCUGGACUCAGUGUGCACAGCCAUGUCAAAGCUCAACGCCGAGGUGGCUUGCGUCACCGUGCACGAGGACAGCGUGAUCACCGUGGGAACAGAGAAGGGAAGAGUCUUCCUCAACUCACGGAGGGAAAUACAAACAGACUUCCACAAGUUUUGCAAGAUGCCCUGUCUACAAGGGCUGACCACAGUGAAUGCCCAUGUCAAAGUCCAGGAAAAUGAAUCAAGCAAGCAUGGCAAAGAGGGCAGGCACGGCAAACAGAGGGCCUCAACAGACGCCCACUCUAACAUCUUUGUCUUGAGGAAAAUGGUGGAGGAAGUCUUCAGUGUGCUUUACAGCGAGGCCGUUGGGAAGAGUAGCCUGGUCCCUGUGCCUUAUGAGUGGAUCCUGAAGGACCCCAGCUCUGUGGUGGCGCACGGCCUGCCUGAGGGGAUCGCCCUGAGGAAACCUGCCGAGUAUGACACCAAGACCUUGAUGAAGAUCCUUGAGCAGAGCAACCGCAUCCACUUCACUGUCAAAAGAGCAACAGAGGAGCCCUCGCGCGAGGCUAAGUCAAGCGCCAGCAACCACAACUCCUCCUCGGGCGCCACCAAGAGCCUAGCCAACCACGGCCCGGCCUCCAAGCCUGCCGCCACAGCCCAGGAAAUGUCCACUGCUUCAGUCUCAGCCAGCAACUCCAUGCUCUCCAGCUUCCUGUACGGAAUGCCCAUGUCCUCCCAGCCACACCCCGACGGCAAGCUGGACCUCAAGCCCACGUCCCUCUUUAACCUGGGUAAAGACCGCCUGGGGGCCUGGGCGGCAGGGGCGGAGAAAGGGACGGCCGCCAAGGACAGUUCCGAAAAUGGUGAGUGGAUAGGACUCCAAGGGGAGUUGGGCCAGAGCCCUCCCAGCAUCCACGUCUCCAAGCGCCUCCUGUUUUCCAUUGUACAUGAGAAGUCAGAAAAAUGGGACUCGUUCAUUCGAGAUACUGAGGACAUAAACACACUGAGAGAAUGUGUGCAGAUCCUGUUCAACAGUCGCUAUGCGGAGGCCCUGGGCUUGGACCACAUGGUUCCAGUGCCGUACCGGAAGAUAGCCUGCGACCCAGAGGCCGUGGAGAUCAUCGGCAUCCCAGACAACAUCCCCUUCAAGAGGCCCUGCACCUACGGAGUGCCCAAACUCAAAUGCAUCCUGGAGGAGCGCCAUGGGGUCCGCUUUGUAGUCAAAAGAAUGUUUGACGAAAGGAUUUUCACAGCUGCUGGUAAGGUGGCCAAGGAAGAGGGCAAGCAUGACAUAGGCUCCACCUCCGAGGACGGUUUCCCUGACAAUCUCCGGGUCCAAUCAGCUGCACUGGAGCUGGUCACCAAUCCUCACAGCAGCAGAUCCACAAGCUCUUGUGUGAGUCCAUUGGCUGACUUCGGAACAGGGCCUUCGGGAGAUUGUAUUCCCUUGAAAAAGAUAAAAACGGAGCCCCCAGAUGGGGAAAUCAUCCAGGUGACUGUACCAGAUGCCAGUGUUUCAGUGGAGGAGCCGAGUGAGCCUCAUGCUGACCCGGCUGCAGCAGCAGCAGCAGCAGCAGUGGUGGUGGCCACCCCGGCCCAGGCUGCUCCCCGCCGCCCCCUGGAGACCCACGCAGCACUGUCACCUAAACCAGCUUCCCAAGGCCUCCGAAGAUCUUCUGAAGGAAAUCACGCUGAGGACAUAGGUGAAAUGAUCCUCCAGCUUCGGAGGCAAGUGGAAAGCAUAUUCAGCACUAAGUACGCCGAGGCCCUUGGACUACCUGAACCUGCAAAGGUGCCCUACUCCAAGUUUCAGAUGUACCCAGAGGAGCUGUGUGUCACAGGGCUACCGGAGGGUGUGGCUUUCCGCAGGCCCAACUGUUUCGGAGCAGCCAAGCUGCGCAAGAUCCUGGCCGUCGGCAGUCAGAUUCAGUUUGUCAUCAAAAGGCCAGAACUUUUAACGGAUCAAGUGAAGCUAGAGCCGCCUCCUUUCCUGGCCUGUGAUUCAGACCUCGACUCCAAAGAUGCUUUGACAGAAGAUGCAGGGGCCGAAUCGAAAAGACCAGGCUUCUCAGAUAGCUUAGAGGCCAAGCUGUCCAGGAUUGACAUUGCCAACACCCUGAGAGAGCAGGUCCAGGACCUGUUCAACAGGAAGUAUGGGGAGGCACUUGGCAUCAAAUACCCAGUCCAGGUGCCUUACAAGAGGAUCAAGAGCAACCCGGGCUCGGUGAUCAUCGAGGGCCUGCCCCCUGGCAUCCCUUUCAGGAAACCCUGUACCUUUGGCUCGCAAAACCUGGAGAGGAUCUUGGCGGUGGCUGACAAGAUCUGCUUCACCAUCACCAGACCUUUCCAAGGACUCAUCCCUAAACCAGCACCUCGUCGGAUCACUUUAUUGAAGAAGGCCUACGCCUCAAUAAGUGAUGACGAGGAGGUCAACCGCAUGGGGGAGAAAGUGAUCCUCCGCGAGCAAGUGAAAGAACUCUUCAACCAGAAAUAUGGUGACGCUCUGGGCCUGGACCGCUCUGUCAUAGUCCCAUACAAGCUGAUCCGUGCCAGUCCCGACUCUGUUGAAGUUAGUGGCCUUCCGGACGAUAUUCCCUUCCGAAAUCCCAACACUUACGACAUAAUCCGCCUGGAAAAGAUCCUUCAAGCCCGAGAUGAUAUCACCAUCAACAUCAAGAGCCAGCUACAGCCUUUUGCGGAAAUAUGCACCCAAACAUGUAACACAGAAGGGAAAGAGGUUUCUACCAAUCGACGCAAGCGCAAAAGAGUCCUGGAGAGCAGCCGAGUGUCCUUACCCUCCGAGUCAGGGGUAUCAACCAAUCAGAUUCCAGUGAUGCAAUGGCCCAUGUACAUGGUGGACUACAGUGGAGUGAAUGGGCAAGUCCCUGGAAAGGUGAAAUACUAGAAGAGAAGAAAACAGAUACUCUGCUACAGGAAGAGGAUAUAAUGAGAGGACUUUAUCAAACCAAUACUUAUAAUCGCAUCGCCAAGUUUCAGCUUUGCCCGAGUGCUGUUGCUUAAAAACUUUACUGACUGAUUGAAAAUAUAGGUUUGGAUAUGUGUUUUUAAAUGGUGGCUUGGGUGGAAAUGUGAGGAGGAACAAUAGAAUCUGUGCAUAAUUUGUUGCAAGAUAAGUGCUUUCUUUGAUUUUGUUUCCUUCAAUGAUUUAUAUACACUAGAUGACUGACAGGGGGCGCUGUUUUGAAGCCAUUGAGCCUCCAUUUUACUACUCCCCCACCAUUGUAAAAAAAGAUUUUGGAAGCGAUAUAAAUGCAUUUAUGAAUGUC